ACUGCCGAGACACUCCUCUCCGACAUCAAAGGCAUCGACGACGGAGUCAAUGCCUUGACCGCAUCCAUCGAAGCCUACAACGGCGGCCUCAUCGACGAAUUACCCAUCGGCGCAGAUAUCGCCGCUAUCCACAUUGCCAACCGCAAGGGCUAUGUUGACGCAAACCUCCGGGCGACACCCUUCAAUGCGGAAGACUCGACCGCCAUCGUCCAGUACACAGCUUCCAGCGUCGGCGUGGACAUUCCGAAUUCUGUUGAUGUGCUCAAAGCCAAGUAUGACGUUUUUGAGGACCAGAAAGUCGUCAUUCUUGCUGGACUGAAGUUGUUGAAGAAUGACCACGACACGUUUUCAGCUGCCCUGGUUUCGAAGAUUACGGCGGAUAAAGAGAAUGGAUAUGCUGCUGUUGCCGUGAUUGAUGAUGCACUGCAGAGUGCAAUUGAUUUGUACUCA